GACCUCACGCUAAGAUGGAUACCUGGGCAUAAGGGAGUAGAUGGAAACGAGCCAGCGGACAAGGCGGCAAAAGAAGCGGCUGAAGGAAGGAGAAACUCAAGCGUGCGGGAAAGACUACCAACCUACCUCCAGAACGAGGAGCUACCGGACAGUGUAUCAGCAUUAACGCAAUGGCACCAAGAUGAGAUCAACAAGAAAUGGUCAACGAUGUGGAAGAAAUCACCAAGACAUCCACGAGCAUCCAUCAUAGACCCAAGCAUGCCAUCUAACAAGUUC